AGAAGAAAAAGACCGGAUGUUUAUGUCAAUGACGUUAGCAGGCGUCAUUUUCAAAGCGCUUAAAGGCCGUUGUCUUGGUGCUGAGUGUUUAACUCUGUACAAACAAUAAAGCACAACUACUACUUCGAUAAACUACACCGGUAACAUUAGCAGGAUGGGUUCACGCUAACACCUAACCGGCUUGUGUGAAGGACUGUUUUCAUAUCAGUGACUGGAAGCUGGAAAUAUUAUGGACAACCUGGAUUUCUCAGAGGAGGAAAUUCAAGAACAGUUAGCCCUCCUUGGCUACAAAAACAUACCAAAGCACAGGCUGCGUGAAUUUAAACAAGAUCUGGAUGAGCUGGUUCGACGAGGGGAGUGGAAAGGCCUUUCCUCAUCAAAUGAGAUAAAUGCCAAAUCUCAGGCAACUACACCUCAGCCAAGUCCUCCUGCCUAUACCAAAGAAAAGGUUAGUCCACACUACUUUAAAGGCACUGGUGAAGCAUUCUUCCUACAUGCAGGCAGUACAGACCAUGCCAGAAAGACGCUCAUCAACUGUUAUAACGGAGACUAUGACUCGUACGCUCAACACUCGGUGGCCCAGAAGCUCAAGCUCCCUCCAGGUGCUCCAAGCAGGCUUCAGGUGGAGCAAGAUCUUGAGGAUACCACCCACUCACCACUCACAGAUAGCUAUACAUCUUCCCCAGACACUCAGGGGAGACACUUCAUCAAGAGAAAAGUUCUGAGGAAGCACAAAGGACAGUCACUUGUCUGUGAUGAAUCAGUCUACAGUGAAGACUCAGGUACAGCGAGCUGUCUGGAAGAAAGACUGGCUCAACUUCAUUUAGCCACAUCACCUGAGCAGGAGUCACCUGAGUCAGACAAUGAAGACCUGGACGAUCAGAGCGACACUCAGACCUCUGAGAGUGAAAGAGUGUCUUUAAGCGCUUUUGAAUCGUACAUGAAAGGCAUGACUCGAACUAAGAGUGAUGGUGAUAUAAGGCCAAAACCAAAGUCCUUCAUCCGGCCAGUGAUGAGUCAACAGACCAUAAAGAAGACUGACCCAGUAGCCAAGUAUUUCCAGUACAAGCAGCUCUGGGAGAUGUUCAAACUUUCAGGAGAGAAGGACAGGAGGGCACUGCGCUCAGAGAUUAAGCAACGGCUCACAUAUCAGCCUCCAGCACCUAAACCUCGGAGAGUUUACGUACCCAACACCUACAUCGUGCCAACAGAGAAGAAACGGUCAGCGCUUCGCUGGAAGAUCAGGAAUGAUUUGGCCAGUGGUCUCCUUCCAUACAAAUGUAGCUAAUGAUUACACUCUGCAUGUUGUUUUUACAUAUUUUUAUUAAAUUUUUGCAUUUUUUUUAUCA